AUGAGGCCACAGGAUAUGACUGAGUCUGUCAAAGUUGCUAUUAAGAAAGAAGGGUCGGACCUCAGUAAAGGUGAUAAGGACGGCGUAUUUGCUGAAUGGCAGAAACGGAAGCAGUCGAUUGCGCCAAUGCAAUCGGGGGCGCAGCUAUCCAGCCGCAGGAAAUCCAACCUCAAGGACCUUGCUGCACACCUCAACAUGACGCGGACCCCCGGGAUGGGCCUCCGGCGCCUUACACUAUCCAUGAGCAUGAGAGGAAAGUCAGAACUUUCGGCUGAUAAUUUCGGUCAGACCAAAGUUAAGCAGGAAAAUACAUACAAAAUGAAACCCGACGAGAACGUUAAACUAACUUGUCCAAAGAUAAAGAGCGCCGUGGAAACACUUUUGCAAGAUGAACUAGGCGAUUUCGGAUAUGAACAAGACUUCGCUAGCAAGCUAACUUGCGAUUUGUCGGACAAAAUUAAAGAUACAGUGAAGGAGUUAGGUUUUAACCGCCACAAGAUCGCCGUAAACGUUAUGGUGGGCCAGGCGGCGGACCAGGGAAUGGAGGUGGCAAGUCGCUGUGUCUGGGAUGACAAGAACGACAACUCUGUUUGUGUCACAUUCUCCCACAAAGACCUUUUUGUUGUCGCCCUUGUGUUCGGGGCCUACUUUGAAUGA